AGAACUGCUAUGGGUCCCAGUGCGCGCGGCCUUCGUACUAGGACUGUUAGAUGCAGCGCAGCAUCAGCCAGGAGGAGCCAAUGAUCACAAUCCUCCCUCGAGUGACAAGGACGUGCAUCCAGAUGAUUCAUUAAAGAUUUGGCAAAACGAAUUUGCCACCUAGUGUAUACAAUGCGGUGAUUCCUGGAAGGGGAGGAUAGACAGAAUUCUAGUGCAGUGCUACAAGUGAUCCGAAGAUGAAGUGGCCAUUGGUGGUGGCUUGCCUUCUGCUGUCGCUCUCGUGCAUCCUGGAUGCCUCGCAUGCCGGCUGCGAGUUCCCGACGGAGUGGAAUGGCCGGUGGUUCGAAUCGGGGAAUCUGGGUCCGGUGACGGUGAACGGGUCCCUGAUGACCAGCAAGGGCACCUGCAUCGACGCCGUGGACGACAAGUUUCUCAUACACGACACGAUAUACAAGUGCUACCGCUGCAUGUCGAUGCACAUGAAGCACCCGAACGUCCUCCAAUACAAAGAAUCGUACUGCACACCGGCGACGCCUAAGCCCGGCCUGACUGAGAUGUGCAGCCAGCUGGCCAGCGACACCAGCCUGAUCUCGUUGUUCCGCACCGGGGCGACUCCCAUGCCCUGUCCUUUCAAAGGACCCCUGGAGUUCUCCUACACCCGCGGCGAGGAGGAGUGCAACUCGCCGUCGUCCACCGCCGAGACCUGCACACAGGAGUCCCGGCUGUUGCUGCGGUAUCAGGCCUGCCCGAACGUCAAGUCGUCCGAGAGAUUCGACCUCGAGCUCGAGUGUUUCGCCACGUGGAAGGAUGGCAGCACGCACAAUCUGGUCGCCCGACUCUACGGGCCACGGAAGACCAACGACGAGGACAGCUACCGUUGCUUCAUCUAUCGGCAGACGUCCAACACGUCAUGGGACGUUGCCGAGAGCGCGGACGCCGGGUGCACCGGCUUCAGGGUCAACGACGCUGACAGAAACUACAAGAUGACGCAGAAAAAUCAGUCAAAACUGUGCGAGUAUCCAUCCUGGGUGGUGGCCAAUAAGCUGUGGCUAGCCUUGGAUCGGAUAUCGUCCCGACUGCUGGCAGCGCCUAAUAACCUGACAAUAGUUAAUCAAAACGAGACUCGUCUCGUCUGUCACACCAUUGUCCCGCUCAGCGACCGCCGCUACCACCAUGUCUCGAACCCUAACAGAGAGAGUCAGGUGAUGUACGUCGCCAAGGUCACCGUCGACUGCAAUAAUGGCUACGUGUGCCUGAUGCUGCACCGAAGGGACGAGCACGUAAUAGAGAUGCAGCUGUCGGAAUGGAGCAAACAGCCUGACUACGUGUGCAACUCGAGUACGUUCAACUCGCACUCGAGGCCGUACACGACGUACAUUACAUCGGAGCCGAUGACCAGACAGUGUCCCAAUCUGGGUCGCUACGAGAUAGUGUCGGUGCUUCACUCGCACAAUUCAGACAACGCGGACGAUUUAUUGGGCGUGGACGGAGAGCCGAACAUGGCGAAUGCGGCCGAGGUUCAAGACAGCGCGGUCACGUUGACACCUUACCCGAGCCGAUGCCGGUACGGAAGUGUUCGCCGAUUGGAAAUCGGCUGCAAGACGCCGGACCGUAUGGAGUUCGCCACGUCGUGCAGCAACGAGCCGCCCUCAGAAUACUGGUGCCACGGAACCUGGAUCGAGAACGACACAGCUUACUUGGUCGCGAGCACAGACGUCGGUCGUUACUGCCUCGUUUACAGUGCAUCAGCCGCGGCGACAGGAAGUCGUGAACUCUCGGUGACGGGUCAUCUUGCUUCCUGUCCGAGGGCCUCACACCGUCAUCUACUAUCGUGGCAGGUCAACCUCACGUCGUACGCGCAAUGCAGCGAGAUUUCGAUGGCGACGUCGUGGACGUACCGUGUCUCGGCCUCCGUGUACAUCUGCAUGGUGCUCGGCAUCCUGUUCGGCAGGUAUAUCGUGAGGUGAUGCUGCUGAGUGCAGAGACCCGGCCACGCCGCGACCGGCGUGUAGUCAUCGAGCAGCAGCAGCAGCAGCAGCAGCCACGAGAUGGAAGAGACACACCGAGCAACGGCGGACUGCAGAAUCUAUACAUAUAUACAUACACAAGACACACACACCUAUAUACGCCCACGUGUAUAUCUAUAUAGAUUUCGUAAGACGGACGGGACAUUUUUUCGGGAAGAGCCGAGGCCGGCCGAGGCGAGGCCCGCCGGGAGAAAGUAACCUAAUUAAUCGAGCCUAGUGGAUAAGUGACCGUAGCGGCGGCUGUUGUGUCGGUGAGAAAGAGACUAUUGAAACCUGCUAGUUCCUUCGUCGGCGAACGUGGCGGAUCCCCGGACGAACAAGUUGUACAUACCGUAGCAAUACGUUCGCGGAACGCUCUCCCUCCAACGCGACAGGAUCUUCCCGACAGUGUCAUGUGAAGAAGCCGGACACCGGCCAGCCGCUUCCUCGGGGCUGCCGACACACCCCCCGAACCCCCCGCGAAGCCUGCACUAAUCGUCGAACACCGGUGUCCACUCCAAUAUACCUGAUAAUCAGCGAUCUCAACGUUUCGACCACGUUUGCGACAGUUUCAGGACGUUUGCGCAAACCUGCCGGCACUCGGACGCAGUCUACGCUGAUCGUAGGCCAUCCUAUCUAUCCUAAUGUGUCUGGUUUCUCGUGGUUUGCAUGUUGGAACGUGUUUGAGGUGGUUCAAGCACGUUUGCGCAAACGCGCUCCUUCCUGAAACGCGAUCUGCACCGGUCGUCGGUUGCGGAUCCACUACAGUACGCCCGGUCCUCGGUUGUUUUGUGCGGCGGAACAUGUUCGCGGCGGUUCGAACACGUUUGCGCAAACAUGGCCCCGCAGAAACAUCGGAAAGAGACUGCUCCGUCUAACGCGUGCCGAUUAUGCUGUCGUUCGCGUUCCGACUGGGUGUAGAGUAGUCCGGUAGCGCCUGAAGUUUCGAGGAAAUAAUCAGUCGAAUUUAAAUAGAAACAAAUUUGAUAUACAAAAUGAUGCUACAAUUAUUGUACGAGCGGGAAAUGGUUCCUAA